CAACUACCGCCAUACCACCUGACCGGACAGCCCCUCAACGGGUAGGUCACACUUAGCUUUGUUGGGGUGGACGGGCUCAACCCGACUUGACUGGUUGGGCGAAUGGGUUUGUAGAUAAAAAUACACUUUUCCACUAGACUCUUUUGUUGAGUUCUUUUUGUCACUCGCUCACUGUUAGUCUGAAUUGUUUGUUACUGUUGCCUUCCUUCACUCUUUUAUCCACGAAUUCCCGUCAAUCUCGGCCCGCCCAGAAUAUCAAAAUGAGAAACACCCACCAGACUCUCAAGAGAGCGGCGAGUCUCUACAGCACUUCCCAGUUAAGAUACAGCGCCUCAUCUACUCUGCGAUUCCAAUCCCGCCUUUUACAUGCUCAAUUCCGCUCACUCUCGUCGGCUGCAGGCUCCCAGGUGGUGAACAGCCCGGCACCAAACAAGUACCAGAAGCCGGACUCGUUCGCUGGCCGGAACAGUCUCCUGCAGGCUACCAUUGCAGCAGACGCGCCCAGGAAUGACUGGACGAAGGAGGAGAUCCGAGAAAUAUACCAAACUCCGCUGAUGGAGUUGGUCUACUCGGCUUCAACCCUCCACCGACGAUUCUUUGACCCCGCCAGCGUCCAGCUCUGCACGCUCAUGAAUAUCAAGACAGGUGGAUGCUCAGAAGACUGCUCCUACUGCGCCCAGUCGAGCCGGUACAAGACGGGUGUAAAGGCAACAAAGAUAUCAUCCGUCGAUGAGGUCCUCCAGGCUGCAAAAAUCGCAAAAGAAAAUGGAUCGACUCGGUUCUGCAUGGGGGCCGCCUGGAGGGACAUGCGGGGCCGCAAGACGAACCUCAAGAACAUCAAAGCGAUGGUGAAAGGGGUGAGGGAGCUCGGGAUGGAGGCCUGCGUCACUCUAGGGAUGAUUGACGAAAACCAAGCGGCGGAACUGCGCGAUGCCGGACUCACUGCAUACAACCACAACGUCGACACCUCCCGGGAGUACUAUCCAAACGUCAUCACAACCCGGACCUACGACGAACGACUCAAGACAAUCAACAACGUCCGCCAGGCCGGAAUCCACGUCUGCUCGGGUGGAAUCCUCGGCCUCGGUGAAGAUGACGCGGACCGUGUGAGCUUCCUAUACACCGUUGCAACGAUGGAAAGCCACCCGGAGAGCUUCCCAAUCAACGCUCUCGUUCCCAUCAAGGGAACCCCACUUGGGGACGCCAGCGCCGCCAAAUCGGAAAGCGGGGAGCCGGAAUCGACCGUAACCUUCCACGAUACCGUCCGGAUGGUGGCCACUGCACGGCUUGUUCUGCCAGGCUCGGUGAUUCGGCUUGCGGCAGGGAGAAUUAAUUUGACAGAGUCCGAGCAGGCUCUUUGCUUUAUGGCUGGAGCAAAUGCAAUCUUUACAGGAGAAAAGAUGCUGACUACACCGUGCAGUGGAUGGGACGAGGACAAGGCCAUGUUUGACCGGUGGGGUCUCCGGCCGAUGCUUCCAGACGAGCUGCACGGAUCAGAGAAUAGGCAGCAUGCUGGCACCGAAGUCGGCCUCGAGCAGGAGCGUGCUGAUGCUGUGAGAAUGGCGUCUUCGUCUGCCUGAGCAGCCGAGCCGGCCAGGCUGAUUUUGGUGCCCGCAGGCAUGUGCAGAACCCUUAUUAGCCGCUGGCGAGGGUUUGUGAUGAGCAGAAUACCAGACCGACGCCGGAGGACUGUGCUGGUGAUCUUCGGGAAGCCUUU